GUACAAGGCAAGACCCUUCAUCUUUUUUUUAUCUCGCCGGCUCGCUGGCUUUUGCAAAAUUCGGCUGUAUUUUGGACACUUCCUUACGGUAUCGUCGAUCUGUGCAUCCAGGCACCCCCAAGCUUUUCCUCGCGCGAUGACAACAGGCGCACGGGAGGCGCUCUUCUUCGUCGAUGCGGUGAACAACGACCAUGAUGUUCGUUCAACGAUGUCUCCAGCUGCCAAGAUGAAGCGUUAUGUCACAAUUAGGCCACGGGCUAUGCUUAGUGCCGUUCUUGCUGAAGUUGGUUUACCGGAGGUGAAAUACAAGACCUGCUCAUAUUCCCGGGGCCGGGUGGUGGCUACUGCUAUCUUCUGGCCAUCGCGGUCGCAUUCGUCAGCACCAGCACCACAUAUGAGGAUCAGUGGCGACCCAGCUGUGGAUGUCAACGAGGCCAUACAAAAUGCUGCUACUAGCUACUUGGAACAUCUUCAAACCACCAUGGAUAUUAAGUUUGACUGCCCUCAGAUGGAGAAAAUUAAGACCAAUAUAAGCUACCUGUCCAACACUGUUGCCGAACAGUCCAGGAAGAUCAGGAAUCUGAAGGCUAAGGUGGAAAAAAGAAAUCUCCGGGUCAGGGGCAUUGCAAAGGGCCGGGGGUCACUUGCAGAUGACAUGCUCGGUUCUGCAGGGCGUAUUGACAAGAUGGCAGUCAACUACCUGCCUACAGGAUCCUCUUCUGUUGUAGAUGAUGUGGCCUGGGAUUGCUAUCAUCUUACUCAAGAAGCUGACAACCUUGCCUAUCUGGCUGCCAUGUGAACUGAUGCAGUCAAGAGCGUUGGUGACUACCCAUAUGACAUUGAGUCUGACUUUUCUGAAUGUGACGAGUUUUAUGGUUACUUCCCAUCUGACCAUGAGGGCCAGAACAGUGGUUACUACUCGUCGGACCUCGAGGGUGCUUGUGGUGCAAACUGCCUGUAUGACGAUUUCCUUAAUGAUGGAUCCGACUGAUGCUUCGAUCGUGUGAGAACGCGCAAGUUCUUUUGGUUUAUCAAGUAAUAUCAGCGUAUCUGGCCAUGUUGCCUCUACAGAGUUGUUAUAAAGUACUGUGAUGGCAACCUGCCCUACCCUUAUUGUAAAUUAUGUAUGGUCGGUCCUAUGAGACAAUCCUUGAUGGUUGUAUGAUCGGUGCUACUAGACGGUCCACCCUAUAGUUAUUGUAAAUUAUGAACCAAUUAAGUGGUAGCUCUGAUGUUGGUCUUCUAAUCUGUUCAC